AGGGAGAUCAGGACCUGCAAUCGCUGCCGGCUGCUCAAACUUCAAUGCGACCAAUCGAAGCCGUCAUGCCAGCGGUGCACCAGAGCGAAUGUCUCCUGUUCCCUUGGUGUUUGUCCGCCGACUCAAAUGUCUGACUCUUCACUGCCACAACCUGAGGUAGAGCUCUCACGCCCUGAACGUCAUGCGCACCAGCACCAAGGAAACAGCAGCGAUAAACAGCCUAGCCUUGUCAGGAAGAGGCAGCGAGCCCAACUAUCUUGCAUACGAUGCCGCCGACUCAAGGUUAAAUGUGACAAGGCGCUGCCCUGCUCACGAUGUCGCUUGUCCGGUUGGGGAAAGUUUUGUGAGUACCACCACAGAGCAGAAAAAGCCGACCUAUCCCCAGAUGUCAGUCCGCAACAAACGAUGCAAGAACCCAACAGCGUCAUCAAGUCAUGGCAUGCACAGAGUCGGAGUGCUACCCAUUGGAGCGAACUUUUAUCCACACUAAAAUUACAAGCUGGGCGUAAAGAUCUUCCAGUCUGCCACAUGAUCGCCGACUUGAUUCGCCAGCAAAAGGCCGGAAUUCUGGACGAAUCUGUGUUGCCUGGGAAUUUUCCAUUAAAUAGUCCAUCAGCUGCCAAGUUUUUAUGCAUGGAUACUAUCCAGGACCUACUCCAACGCCAUCGAGAAGCAUGCCAAUCUUACAUGGAUGGCUACUUAGCCCUCUACCAAGCAGGUAUCCCCAUUAUUGACACUUCUACAUUUCUACCUAUGAUCGAGAGGUUCUGGAAUGAUCCCAUGGCAGCAGAUAUGACCUGGGUAGCCUGUUUCUUGAUGGUUUUGGCACUGGGGUGUUUUGCCGUGACGAGGGAUGAGCAUUCAACAUCGGAGCUCUGCAUGGCAGCUGAGGCUUGUCUGAGUCGGACUCCUUUCAUGAUUCAACCAGACAUUCUAGCCAUAAGAACCCUUUGCCUUAUGGUACUUGCUAAGCAAACGGUCAAUACCACAUGUCGUACGUUCGAUUCGUGCUGGACAUUGCUGGGGAUUGUCACGCGUGCAGCCGUGGGAAUGGGUUUGCAUAGGCAGCCUGCGCCACUGCAUCAUUCUCGUGAGGAGGUUCUUGCUUGGCAGUCCAGACAAACACUAUGGUCUAUCAUCGUAUAUUUUUGCGUACAAGUCGCUGCGAUUACAGGAAAACCAUUGCUUGUAUCAGCCGAUAUCGAAACUGAAAAGCCACUGUACAACGAAGUUGUGAAGCAUAAUGACCAUGUGCGGCAACUCAUGGAUACCUCAUUGGGCAACAUCCACGGCAAGCCGAGGCUUUACAUGACGUUGGAUAUCUUUUUCCGUCGUAUUCUCCUUGUGCUGCACCGCUCUCACGCAUUACAUCCUGGCGCCCCGCUUGACUACCAAGUUUCGUAUUGGGCUUCUCUGGAAUGCGGCCUAGCAAUUCUGGUGCAUCACCGAGAUCUAGCAGAGCAAAACAAGGCGGAUAACACAAGCAUCCUUAACCGUCUCUUCAAACUCGACAUUUUCUCCGCAAUGCUGACCGUUUGCCUGCAUCUGCUCCACCGUGAGGCGCCUCUUUCUGCAGGACUCACAGUUCCACCGCGUCGUAUAAUUUUGAACACGUUGCAAGAAUGUGUGGGGAUUUGG